GACAAAAUUAUAAAAUUUGAGAGUGGAAUACAAGCUUUUAUUAAUCUCUCAUUGUUUCUGGUAUUGUAGUAUGAGUAUACAUUCAUUCCUGCUUGUGAAGCUAGCUAGGAUCAUACAAUUCAAGCUUCAUUUAAAGGGUGAAGCGUUUAUUAUUUUUAUUUUUAAAUUUUGUUAUCAUCAGCAAUUGACAGGUUUUGGAACGAUGAAAAUUACAAAACAAUACCGGUGCUGUCACUCGGCAUACUGCAUAUGCACAAAAGGGCAUCUGAGUGAAGAAGUCAUAUUUCUAGUCUUUGAACAUAUGAACUGGAACCCAAAGAUGAUCGCGGAUCUAUCUUGUGCGUGCAAAUGGUUUGAUGACCUUGCCAAGAGAGUGCUCUGGAAAGAAUUCUGCAAGAAAAGGGCUCCCAAGAUGAUGCUUGACCUACAGUCUUGUGGCAGCCACAGUGUGGACGGGAACUGGAGGGCACUUGGGAAACUUCUCAUUUACUGUUCUGGCUGUACCAAGGGUGGUUUGUUCAACACCAUUCACAUUCCGGGACACUUUGUGUAUAGGACACGGUUCUCAAGGACAUCCGGGAAGAGCUUUCUGUUGCCACAAUGUAGGAGCGAUGUUUUGUACGUUUCUGAUCCAUGCGAACAUCUUGACCAAGGAGAAGAAGGGGACGUUGGGUUUUUCCGGGGGAUAUUUAAGUCAUUUGGGUCGUCAAAGGUUAAGAAGAUGCUGAUUAAGAGGGACGCUCAGCUGCAUCCGAGGGAGGUGUGCCCCUAUUGUAAAGCUAAGCUGUGGAGUAUGUUGCAGGCGAAUAUGAUACCUUCAAGUGCUAGUUGCAGGCUGGGAGCUUAUGAAGAUUCUAUUGAGUAUUUCGUUUGCCUUAACGGGCAUGUGAUUGGGAUUUGCACCCUCUUGCCCUUGUCUGAUACAGAAGAAGCAGAAGCGUCCGGAUCCGAGUGAGUCCAAUGAAGAAGAAUGGAUAUAUGUGUGUCUGUGCAAUGAUGCAUUUCUUCUUUGUAAGGAUCAUGAAGACUUUUCCCCAGG